AUGUCCACGAGGAGAAAGACAAUUUCCGCCCAAGCCUCCGCGCUUCAGUACGAACCGAUCAAAGAGCCUGCAUCAAUGCCUCGCAAACGCAAGGCUUCAAUUAUUGACGACUUGAUGUCUACACCUGCACCUCCUCCUCGCUCGAAACCUCGUCUUCCGAGUUCACCCAAAUCAAAGCGUGGACAGAAACAGAGUUUCACAGGCAGCCCGGUAGUGAACCACCACUCGACUCCUCAUCUAUCACAACCGGGCCCCACGCACUACAUCGACCCGUGGCAGUAUCACCCACCACCGUAUAUCUCUCCCUACCCACAGUACCAACAACCAUUCCAUGCGCAACCCCAACCUUUGGUUUAUAUGCCUCAACAUCGACCGCAUACGCCCGCAGCACCUCCACCACCGCCUCCCAAGAUCGUCGACCCUGAGACUAUAUCUCAGCAGAUUACGAGCACCUACGACGAGUACAGGUGGCCGGUCGCUCUAUAUGAGCUUGAAGCUGGACCCGGCUUCGAUUUUGCUGAGUCCUGGUUACAAGACCAAUUGGGCAAAGGAGUUUACCACUCAGACAGCAACAGAUGGGACGCGCAUUCUACAGCAGGCUUCAUCAAGAAUGGAAACAGGAUGUCGCUCCUAGUUUUACACAACGCUGCGAACCCUUUCCAGUAUGACCCACCGGCCACAUCGACUACCAGCAUCGGCGUAUAUGGAUUGUUUGCUCAUGAGCACAACGAGAUCCACUGGACGACUAUUGCGCCAGGUGUUUCCAAGUGGUUCACCUUGUGCAUGAACGCGGGUUUUCUCACGCUCAAACAGAAGUGGUCUCCCAACAUGAAGGCUUCUGACAAGCGGUUCCAUCGCGCGUAUUGGUUGGCCGCAAAUAAACUGCCGCUCAACCGCAUACUGAACCAUAACGCGGCACCCGAGACGCCGUACGGAGUAUUCGAAGACAGCGAGAAGGAUAAGUUUGUGAUUGCGGAACAGGACCUGCAGCACGGGUGGGACGGAGAGAGUGUAUCUGUGGAGGAAUCGAAAAAGAUCUGGGAGAGAAUUGUCGACGAGAUGGAGGGAAUGGAUCUGGCGGACGUCGAGCAUGUAUCUAUAGGAGGAUCAGAGAGGGCGUUUAUGGCGGACUGA